AUGCCUACCACAAUAAAAGAAGUCCACGAUCGGCUCUCGAGAAUCGACCAUGUCGUUGUGUGCAUCGAUCCUGUUGAUCUCGACAACAUCUGGCUCUGUCUUUGGGCUCUGGUCCGUGUUCCAAGCGCCCAGAUCCAUAUUGUCCUAUCGCCACGCGUGCUCGACCUGCGAGUGCCAAACUUUGGUGACCUUUUUGGACAGCUCAUCAAAACGUUGGACUCAACAUUUCAAAAUGACCCUCACACCAGAGAGCACAUCCCUCUAUACAUGGCACUAUUCGCUCUUCGCUUUCUGGCUAAGAUUCUGUCUAAAAAUCAUGACAAAGAGCGCAUCGUCUUCUACUGGGACUGGCGCUCCAUGGAUACUAUUGUGCCCUGCAUUCAUCAUCCGACACAUGUCUUGGAUAUGCUCUAUGCUUGUAACAAAGAAGAGUGUCAGCAGGCACUCGGAGCCAUGCAGCUUCGCGGUCCAGAGCGCAAAACGAAGUUGGUAGCCGUCAUGGAGAAGUCUGCCCGCCGGUUGGCCAAGGAGCUUGGGUACCAGACGCCAGCCGACGUCCAGCGGUGGCCGCUCCAGGCUCUCAUCUUGGGUGGAGGCCCUUUCACAGAAAUGCCGCGCCUGCUGGCAGAAACGGCACUCGUGCCUAUAGCUAUUGUGGCUAUGGCCCGCACCUGGUUUGCUAAUGUCAAUAUAUUUCCAAACAACUACAACGACAUGAUGGAUCUGGAUGCUUCGAUAAACACUGAACUCAUCAAAGAAAGAGCUAUUCCCACGUGGAUUUUUCCAACAGAAUGCGCGAAGGCCAAGUUGAAGGAUGGCAAGGUUGUUCGUCCUUGCGCCCUAGACUUUUCUGACGAUGAUACUAUCCGCAUUUUUAGGGCCGCUGGAGACAUGGAAUCAUACGACCAAGCUGUGUUUCUCAGCAAAGAGAUCAAAACCCUCGCCAAGGUGCACAUGUUCGAUGUGCUGACGGUUGUUCCGGAUGAGAGACUCGUGCAGAAUUUUGGACAUUGCAAGACGCGAUGA